AUGAAUCAUAUUGGAUUGUGGAGGUUCAAAAUAUCCUGCUCUACUUCUUAUGAUGGCAUUGAUUUACGAUAGAUGACGAACUAGUUUUAUAAUAAUUACACAAAGAGUGUACAGAUUGGAAAAUCUCUUAGAUUCUUGAGUUUAACCAAUGAUUAAUUAAUUAUUAAGCCUGAAAAAUAAGAUAUAGGGUUAUAUAAAAUUAAAUUAAGAGUUAAGGAUUCACAAUAAUUAGGUUCUAUUUACUAGUUUGCUAUCAUUGUUAAAGUACUUGACAUAGAUUAAAUAUUCAAAGGUACAGAGAAUUAAAAAUUAGAUAAAACAACACUAAACUAAAAUGGGUAUAUAAAGGAAGAUAGCUUUUUUACUUUACUUAAAAAUUUAAAUACAAGUAAAUCAAUAAAAGUAUAACUUAUCAGGAUUACCAAUAAUGGUCUUAUUACUCUCUUAUUCAAUGACAAUCUUCUCAUGCCUAGAAAUUAGACUAUAAUUGAAGUUUAAAAAGCUUUAAAAUUCAGAGUUCGAAAUGGGAGAGAUGGUCUUGUCAAUGAGAAGGUUCAAAACGUUACAAGAUUUUAAAUAGUUUCUAUUCUUAGCAAAAUGAUCUAAAUUCAAUUAGAGUUUUCCAAUCCUUAAGCUAUAUCUUAGUCAUCAACUUCUGAUACCCUCGAAAUAACAUUCUUGAGAAACUAUUUCUUUGUGAAUUAAAAAUUAAAUGCAAUGGUCUAAAAGGAUUAAAUGUUAUCUAGAAAGCUUACUCCCUAAAUCUAUACUGCAAUGAUAAUGCUUGGAAAUGCUGCUAGAGGAGCAUCUGAUACGUUGAUUGCUGCUUUGUUUGUGAAUUUUUUUCUGCUGAUAUUUAUGAAGUUCUCCAUGAAGCUGCUUUGGAGGAUGAUGGCUAUUUUAUAGUUGAUUGUUAAUUUGCCUAUCUUUGGAGUUAAUCUUCCUUCGAAUAUUAUCUAAUGCACUGAGGCUUUGAUUAAUAUUUCAACUUUACAAAUUAUUGAUAAGGAGCAGAUAAAAUCUUGGUUUUUCUCUUUUAUCAGCGACUCUAAUGAAAACAUAAAUUCUAGAUUUGAUGGGAUGGAUAUCUUUUAUAUUUAGAUAACUCUUAUUGGAGAUCAGAUAAUGAUCUCAAUUAACUUGCCUAAAUUUAGGUCAUUCGAGUAUAAUGCAUUCGCAAGGUAGUGGAAUUGGUUUAGAGAAAGAUAUUUUUCAGUAUGUUUAUCAGGCCAGUAAUGCAAGGAUAUCUGGUAUUUACAAUGA